AUGAAGUCGGUUCUUGCAGCCGCCGCCCUUCUAAUUGCAGCAGUGAACGCACAGACGCAAGUCGACAAGGGAUGCUAUGAUGAUUCGACACCGUUGAAGGACCAGGGCUCUUAUACGUACCAAAGUAACGGAUAUUGUCAGAAGCUCUGCUUGAAGGAUAACUAUGCUGUUUUUGCCUUGGCAAAGGGCACAAACUGUCUCUGCGGUAACCAAUUACCCGCAACGUCGGCUAAGACGGAUGAAAGCAGCUGCAAUGUCAAAUGUGCUGGAUGGCCUGAUGUGAUGUGCGGUGGUAACAAUGCCUUUUCCGUGUAUCUCACGGGUAUCGAAGAGAACGUGGAUAGCUACUCAUCCUCAUCCUCCUCCUCCUCGAGCUCCUCCUCUAGCACCGAGAGUGGAACCUCGACAACCACCAAUGGAGGGACUGUUGUUACUACUUCUGGUGGACAAACAGUGUUCAAGACGUCGGAUAGCGAAAUGACGACGCAGGGUGCCGAGCAAAAGAAGGAGAAAAGUUCUGGGUCGAAUACUGCUGCUAUCGCCGCUGGCGUCGUCGUGGGAGUUGUUGGCUUCUGUGCUUUGGUGGGAGCCAUCUUCUUUCUAUGGCGGUUUAGGAACCGUUCCAACAUGCCGGAACAGUAUCGGAACAACAAUAUCGACAACUUUGGCGCCAAGCCCAUGUCCCAAAGCUCCAUAUCUGAUUCUAGGUUUGACGGUGACUUCAUGGCACAGCGGCGCCAGAGCAAUGGUAGCAUCGAUGAUGAUCACGACUUCUCCCGUCGAAUUUUGCAGGUGACCAAUCCCGAUCGCCGCUACUAA